AAGAUGGAGAGUAUAUGCGUGUCUGCAUAUGGGUCUGUAUAAAUGAAGCAAGUUCAACCGUUGAAGUCUUGAAGAAGAAUGAUCUCAUCAAAUUAUAUCCGCGCCUCUGCUCUCCAGCUUCCACAUCUCUCUUGUCACUCCACCAGGUCUUCCACAAUCGAAGAGUUCUGUGCAAUUGAAACUUGCAAUCUGAGAUAUUCGGUUCUUACAAAACAGGGAAAACACCUCACAAUUCUAAAUGAUUGUUCUUUAAGCAUCCCUUCUGGCCAGUUAUGGAUGCUUCUUGGACCCAAUGGCUCAGGAAAAUCUACUCUUUUAAAGAUUUUGGCGGGGCUUUUAUGUCCCAACAGUGGUUCUUUUUAUGUGAAGAAACCGAAGAGUUUUGUAUAUCAAAACCCGGAUCACCAGGUGGUGAUGCCUACAGUGGAAGCUGAUGUAGCAUUUGGCCUAGGGAAACUCAACAUAUCCAUCAAUGAGGUCAGGCCUAGAGUGGCAAAAGCUCUAGAGGCUGUUGGCAUGUAUGAGUAUCUUCAAAAACCAGUUCAGAUUCUUAGUGGAGGUCAAAAACAAAGGGUAGCCACUGCUGGUGCUUUGGCAGAGUCAUGCAAAGUAUUGUUGUUAGAUGAACUUACUACAUUCUUGGACGAAAAUGAUCAGAUUGGGGUGAUUAAGGCUGUGAAGAGCUCUAUAAAUGCUUCUAAAGAACUUACUGCAUUGUGGGUGACCCAUCGUCUUGAAGAACUUGAGUAUGCAGAUGGUGCUGUUUACAUGGAAGAUGGUAGAAUUAUUAUGCAAAGUGACGCAUCGAACGUAUUGAAAUUUAUUGAAGCUGGGAAGGCUUCUUAUCUUGAUCAAAUUGAUUUAUAAUUAUUUUCUUCUACGAAGAAUCACUUUUACCUUUCAUCGCAAAAAAAAAAAAUCACUUUUGCCUCUAGAUGGAAUCUUGUAUGUUGGAAUUUCUUCUAUUAUGAUUUCAAAUGAUGUUCUUUUUUUCUUUGAUGUUAAUCUUUUUGAAAUUAAAAAAAAACAUUUAUUGAAGGUUCAAGAGUGAACUUUUUAUAUUUGUAUUAGUACUACCCCGUGUUGGGAUUUAUUGAGAAAUAUGACUCAAGUGUUCAAUUUGAACCUUAUUAAUAUUAUUUUAAUUCUGUGUU